GCGAAAACCAUUUUCACCUCUCAAAAUGCUCAUGGUUAAAAGUAGUGAGGAAGAAUCCAACGCCGUGGGACAGGUAAAAUGGUAAAUUUCUUUCCGGCUCCAAGCAGCCUCCGACUGAAAAAUUACACCAAUAAUUUAGCAACAAGCACACAGUAAAUCUUCAGGCUGGCCCAUUCUUUUGGGGAUUCCGGGCCCAGAAUUGCUUCAUCACAUUUUUCAUUUUUUUCACAAUUUUCAUCUUUUGAUUUCGAACCUCCAAAAAAAUCUUGCCCAAUUUCUGUAUAGCUACGUCGCCCGCUGGAAAAGUAGGAAUCGCAAUUUAAUUAACUACUAGUAUAAUGCUAAGAGCUAUACAGAUUCUUGGUUCUUCUCCUUCCUCUUCCGGGUGUUUUUCCCUUCCCCACAAAUUAAAGAAGCCCCAUUCGAAUUUUUCUCUAAUAUCAAGAAAACCCAUAGAAGCAACAGUUCCAAAUUUGUCAAGAGCACAUUCUUUGGCUUUUCAAUUUCGCCAAGGUUGUUUCUUUCGAGCUUUCCAAAUGUCAUAUCAUCAUUCUGAGUCAACCCUUGAUGGAGGUUCACCUUCUUCAUCAUCAUCAACAUCUAUUGCAAUUCAGUCAGCUGGUAGUACUCGGAAAAUCAAUUUCUGCCAGUGGUGUGGUGGCCCAACAAAGCAUGAGAUACCCGACGGGGAGGAAAAGGCAAGAGCUAUUUGCACACACUGUGGGAAAAUUACUUAUGAGAAUCCAAAAAUGGUGGUCGGCUGCCUCAUCGAGCAUGAGAACAAGAUACUGCUGUGUAAACGGAAGAUUCAACCGUCAUAUGGCCUUUGGACGCUUCCUGCUGGUUACAUGGAGAUUGGGGAAUCUGCAGCUGAAGGGGCGAUUCGGGAAACAUGGGAGGAAGCAAAUGCAGAAGUUGAAGUCCAGUCACCAUUUGCUCAGUUGGAUAUCCCUCUUAUUGGCCAAACUUACAUUAUUUUCCUGGCAAAGUUGAAGAGACCUCACUUUUCGCCGGGCCCAGAAUCAUUGGAAUGCCGGCUUUUUGCACUUGAGGAUAUUCCUUUUGAUUCUUUGGCAUUUUCGUCCAUGCUCGUCACUUUAAAAUUGUACUUUGAAGAUAAAAAGGUUGGAAGACCCAAGUUUCACUAUGGCAUCAUAAACAAAAGGCCUGGUACGAGCCCAUCGGAGAUUCACGCCUACACUCUGGAUCAUCACUUGAAGUGUUGACAACAGGUUGAUUUCCCCUCCCGUUUCUUCAGCCAUUCAGACAAAUGAAAUUGUAGAUUGAGUUGAUCCGUCUGUCCUAGACAGACACAUUAUCGUCCCUGUACAAGUCUUUGCUUUUCGUUUUAUGAUAAUCCCCGUCAUGGUCGAUAUUUUCUGUUCCCAGGACUGAAAUGCAUGAAUUAUGACCGGCAUUAUCUCAAUUAUGCAAUCUUAUUCGUAU